AUGUCCUCAGCCAAUAGCUCAUAUUUUCACCCCUCGUCCUUCCUGCUGUUGGGAAUCCCAGGACUGGAAAAUAUGCAGCUCUGGCUUGGCUUUCCAUUUGGUGCAGUGUAUCUGGUUGCCCUCCUGGGGAAUGUCAUCAUCCUCUUUGUGAUCCAGAUUGAGCACAGCCUUCACCAACCUAUGUUCUACUUAUUGGCCAUGUUGGCUCUGACUGACUUGGGCUUGUCCACUGCAACCACCCCCAAAAUGCUGGGCAUAUUCUGGUUUGGCUUCAGCAAGAUUGCCUUUGGGGGCUGCUUAGCUCAAAUGUUCUUCAUACAUCUGUUUACAGGCAUUGAAACGUUCAUGCUUGUAGCCAUGGCUUUUGAUCGCUAUGUUGCCAUUUGCCACCCUCUCCGAUACAACACAAUCCUCACCAGCAGAACAAUUUGUAUUAUUGCUGGCGUAGGAAUGUUGAAAAAUUUUGUUUUGGUUUUUCCACUUGUAUUUCUCCUUCUACGGCUUUCAUUCUGUGGACAAAAUAUUAUACCCCAUACCUACUGUGAACACAUGGGCAUUGCUCGUCUGUCCUGUGUCAGCAUAAAGGUCAAUAUAUUAUUUGGGUUAAUUCUUAUCUCUAUGAUACUUUUGGAUGUUAUAUUGAUUGGUAUCUCCUAUGUGAAGAUUCUCCAUACUGUCUUCAAACUCCCAUCCUGGGAGGCUAGGCUCAAAGCUCUUAAUACCUGUGGUUCCCACGUGUGUGUCAUCUUAGCUUUUUUCACUCCAGCCUUUUUCUCUUUUAUGACUCAUCGAUUUGGCCACAACAUUCCACGUUAUAUUCAUAUCCUGCUAGCUAAUUUAUAUGUGAUUAUCCCCCCUGCUCUAAACCCCCUCAUUUAUGGGGUAAGAACCAAGCAGAUCCGAGAUCGGGUGGUAAUGAUCUUCCUUUCUAAGGAAGUUUGA